CACCAUCCUGACAUCACACCCAAACAGGAAGUGCUCUCUGCUUAUCACACAAUUUCUGGAGUAAAUAUCGACACAUUCAUCAAUUAUAACUCGUUAACAUGUCUCAAGAUCCCUGGUUACAGAAUUAUGAUGCCACUUGCCGCCUUGUUCAAGAAAUUGCAGAGAACAUUCAUGAAAGAAACAGACAACAGAGGAUAAGAGGGAAUCCUGCAAAGAUCAACAUGACACUGCGAGCGUCGCUGCAGAAGCUGAAACAAAACAUCAACCAGCUCAGAGAGAGUUUGCUCCGAGCCUCAUCCUCCCGGCGCAUAAUGCAGUCAGAAGCCGAUCGGAGACAGAACCUUGUUGACGACCUGGUCACCAGGGACAAGCAGCUAAAUGCCACGUUCAAGGGUGACGUUACACAGCCAGAGCCCUCGAGGUCGACCCUGAUGGCGGGGGGAGAAGGAGGGGCCGCGGCCAACCCCUGGCUGGUCAACGAGCCAGAGGAGACCAGGGGCCUGGGCUUCUCCGCGAUCAAACAGCAGCAGCAGCGCAUCGUCGAAGUUCAGGAUGCUGGGUUGGACGCGUUGGCUGCCGUCAUCAGCCGACAGAAGCUGAUGGGUCAGGAUAUAGGCAACGAGCUGGACGAGCAGAAUGAAAUCAUCGAUGACCUCACCCACCUGGUGGACAAGACGGAUGACCGGAUCCGCAACGAGACACGAAGGGUUAAGCUGGUGGAGACUAAGUCGGCUUCCUGCGGGAUGCUGGUGGUGAUCGUGCUCCUGCUCAUUGCUAUAGUGGUGGUUGCUGUGUGGCCCACCUAACGAAGAGGCUGAGGGGAGCGUUUUGGACAUUGCACCGUCCGUCGCAUGACCACUGAGACUGCGUGGAGAGCCUACAGGGGAGACGAGGCGCAGAGGCACUUAUGCAGGUAUGUAUCAAGCGUGCUGAUUUAGGACCAGGUUUGCCUUUUAUAUCCCAAUGAAUAAAAUGACAUAGACAAGGCAGACCUGAUUCUAGAUCAGCACUCCUACACUGAGACGCUUGAUACAUACGGGCCCCAGUGCUUCCAAGCCCUCUAACACACCACCCGUGUCCUGCUAAACACACACAUACACUAAUAAUGACACACACGCUCUUCCACCUCCCUCUCUUCUCCCGCCCUCUAUAUUUCCUCUCUCCUUUCCCCUUGUAUGAGAACCGAGUGUAUUGUGCUGUUCUCUACUGUACCUCGACACUUGGAGAGUUGAGCCCUGGCUGAUGAGGAACCAGCAACAAUGCUUUAUUUUCUUACGUGGGUGUUGGUUGGGUGAAGGGUAGCACUGACCCUACUGUAGGACCUCCCGUGUGGGGGGGGGGGGACUUUUUCUCUCCUAAUUCUCUCUGUGGGCUGAGAGGUCCGGGGUUCCGGGUCGCUAAUUCUGCUAGCUUAGCAAUUCACUCACACGUAUCAUCUCUCACAUAUCUAUAUAUUAAGUAUUAUUAUUAUAUUUACCCACUAGCAGUUCUAAUGGUAUCAUUUGUCUUGGGAUUUGAUCUUGUUUGUAGGAUAAUGCCAGCCAAAACAAAUAGCACGUAUGACUGUGUCACUUUUUAACAUGAUGUGAAUCAGUUUAGCUUAAUGCAACCGUGUCAUUUCUAAUAAACAACAGUUACAGUUAA